UGCGCAGUGAGUGAGUUGCGCUAGUCAAAUAAAAGCUCAAACUAAGCAAAGAUGGCAGCGCUGGCAGUUGCGGAAACCCCAUCAGGAAAAGAUGCUCUCGCCGAGGGUUUGCUGGACCUCUUGAGACCAGCUGUACAGCAGAUUGAUUUACAUGUGCAUUCAGUCAGAGAAAGCCAAGUGGAACUGAGAGAACACAUAGACAAUUUAGCAUCUGAGUUGUGUAGGAUUAAUGAGCACCAGAAGGUGGCACUAGAUUUAGACCCAUAUGUUAAAAAACUUCUUAAUGCAAGGCGAAGAGUGGUGCUUGUCAACAACAUACUCCAGAAUGCACAGGAACGUUUGCGAAGGUUAAACCAUAAUGUUGCUAAGGAGACGGCACGCAGGAAGACCAUGCUUGAGGCAUCUGGAGCAUUUCCCCCGCGAUCUCCCAGCAAACCGUGAUGUUCUGAAUCUCAGAUAAUGGGAAUGCUCAAUGCUAUGGACCAAUGCUGUAAAUUAGCAGAAUCUUCCAAGAUUAUUAAAGGGCACUAGGCUAUGCAAAGCACUGGCUACAGCAGCACACUGCAACAUUGUUAGCCUGUUCAUUUAAGAGUAUUCGGGGGACAGCAGUGUAAAUAUGCACUCAUUUAUUCGCGGCAUACAGACAUUUUUAUAAAGAAACGAUUGACCUAACCAAAUGAAUUUAACUGAAAUGUGCACUGUUAUAGCAGUGCUGUGGACUUGGAAAUUGAAGGUUACAUUUUUGGUUAAUUAUAAGUACUGUCAGGUAUAAUAUUCAGACCUAACACAUAUGUAAUUCUCCUACUGGCAUCCUUGAUCUAAUAAGAAACAAAAUGUUGCUGACAGUUUGAAAAUAUUCACAGUUAGCAGUACAGUUUAUUAUUUUCCUUUACAUAUCUAUCUGUACCAUCUUCUAAUCAAUUUCUGUUGCAAAUGUGCUUUGUUUUUCAGUAUUGUUUUCCAUUGUUUACAUGGAAUAUUAAUAAAGCUUAACAAGUU